AUGCCAACCACUUAUGACCAGAACUACUACAACUACUACAACCACAACUCCGACUACCAUAACAACUACUCCAACUACUACCACCACAACUCCCACGACCACAUCUCCCACUACCACAACAACUUCUCCAACUACAAUGACCCCAACUCCCACCACCACAACUCCCCCUACAUCCAGCACAACUCCCACUACCUCAACUCCUACUACUACAAGUCGUGUUCGAGCCCCCACCACGCCAAUAACUACCACUGCCACACCCACAACUCCAAUCACAACUCCCACUACCACAACUCCCAUUACAACUACCACAACCCCCACCAUUACUACAACCACAACUAUCACUACCGCAUCUCCCACUACAACACCCACAAUUCCCACUACCACAACUCCCACUACCACAACUCCCAUUACAACUACCACAGCCCUCACCACAACAACAACAACUACUCCAACUACUACAACCACCACUCCCACGACCACUCCUCCCACUACCACAACAACUUCUCCAACUACAAUGACCCCAACUCCCACCACCACAACUCUCCCUACAUCCAGCACAACUCCCACUACCUCAACUCCUACUACUACAAGUCGUGUUCGAGUAUCACUACCGCAUCUCCCACUACAACAACCACAAUUCCCACUACCACAACUCCCACUACAACUACCACAACUCUGAUUACAACUACCACAGCCCUCACCACAACAACAACAACUUCUCCAACUACUACAACCACAAGUCUGACUACCAUAACAACUACUCCAACUACUACCACCACAACUCCCACGACCCACAACUCCCACUACCUCAACUCCUACUACUACAAGUCGUGUUCGAGGUGCCUGCAAUGGACAGACGACGGGGCUGUUCCCCAAUCCCUCAGACAAAACUACUUAUUACGACUGUUCGGGACCAGUGCUCCUAAAGUGUCCAGUGGGAGAGGAAUUCAAGAAAAAAACCAGCACUUGCGAAACAACUACCACAGCCACAGCAAUGACUCCCACUACCACAACUUCUCAGACUACCACGACUACUCCCACUACCAACAAAACUACUCCAACUCCCUCUACAACAGCUCCCACCACUACAAAAACUCCAACUCACACAACCACAACUACUACAACCAUAACAACUACUCCAACUACCAGCACCCCCACCACAACAACUCCAACUGCUACAACACCCACAACUCCCACUAUGAACAGAACUUCUCCAACUACUACAACCACAACUCCGACUACCAUAACAACUACUCCAACUACUACCACCACAACUCCCACGACCACAUCUCCCACUACCACAACAACUUCUCCAACUACAAUGACCCCAACUCCCACCACCACAACUCCCCCUACAUCCAGCACAACUCCCACUACCUCAACUCCUACUACUACAAGUCGUGUUCGAGCACCCACAACUCCCACUAUGAACAGAACUUCUCCAACUACUACAACCACAACUCCGACUACCAUAACAACUACUCCAACUACUACCACCACAACUCCCACGACCACAUCUCCCACUACCACAACAACUUCUCCAACUACAAUGACCCCAACUCCCACCACCACAACUCCCCCUACAUCCAGCACAACUCCCACUACCUCAACUCCUACUACUACAAGUCGUGUUCGAGGCACAAUUCCAAUCAAAACUCCAACUACCACAAUUACUUCCACUACUACAACUCCCUCUACAACUACCACAACCCACACCACAACUCCAGCUGCUACAACCACAGCUCCAAUCAUAACUACCUCAACCACUCCCACAACCACAACAACUACUUCAACUACCACGACCACAACUCCCACAGAAACUACCAUAGCCCCCACCAUGCCAACAACUACCACUGCCACACCCAUAACUCCAAUCAAAACUCCCACUACCACAACUCCCAUUACAACUACCACAGCCCUCACCACAACAACAACAACUACUCCAACUUCUACAACCACAACUCCAACUACCAUGACAACUACUCCAACUACUACCACCACACCUCCCACUACCACAACAACUUCUCCAACUACAAUGACCCCAACUCCCACCCCCACAACUCCCCCUACAUCCAGCACAAUUCCCACUACCUCAACUCCUACUACUACAAGCCGUGUUCGAGGUGCCUGUAA